UGAUUAAACCGUUCAUAUCAGAUAAUAAACAGUUAAAGACUUGUGGUGUUAUUGACAGGGUUAUAAGCUGUGAAGCUUUCCAGAUGAUGACGUCAUGAUUAAAUAGCAGUGGCGUCAUGUUUCAUAAUGACGUUCCAGUAAUGAUGAUGACGUGGUUGUGAAAUGAUGACGAAACAGGCAACAUUGGAAAAGGCAGUAAAAAAUGUCGGAAAUUCCCAACACAACAUCUACUACCCCAGUAUACAAACCGGAUCAAUCUGUGAUCGGAUUGGACCAGGAUCGUUUAGUCGGACAAAUAGUCCUGGAAAUAAUAACGUUAGUCAUACUCUGGAUACUAGCAGUUCUCGGCAAUAUUCUUGUCUGCGUCGUCAUACAUCGAAGUCGACGAAUGCAGUCGACGACGAAUUAUUUCAUUGUGUCUCUAGCUUGUGCCGAUUUAACAGCAGUCGUAAUCUGUGUGCCUUUAGUAGCCUCUCGUAUCACCACCAACAAAUGGGUAGUGGGUCCACUUCUGUGUAAAUUCGUCCGUUUCAUUCAGUAUCUUGUGCCUUGUGCCAAUAUCUUUGUCAUGGUGUCCAUUUGUAUAGACAGGUUUUAUACCAUCAUUUAUCCACUCAGUUUCAAAGUGACCCGAGGCACUGCCAAAAAACUUAUAGCAUUUAGUUGGGCAUUCGCGGCAAUUCUGUGUUGCUUAAACUUUUAUUUCUUUGAGGUGACAGACUCGCCGUCCCGGAGCAAUACUAAAGUGUGUCCCACCUACAUUCCGGUUUCAGAAUGGCCGGGGAUAGUUUAUACGCUGUGUAUUGUGAUUUGUCAGUUUGUCAUUCCGUUACUUAUCAUGGUAAUAGGUUAUACCCGAGUUUUUAAACACAUCUGGAGAACGGAGAUUGGUCCUCGACCAGUUCAGAGAACUACAAACCCUGUUCCUAGGACGAAGGUUAAAAUGGUGAAAAUGUUAAUAAUAGUUUCCUAUACGUCCGUUCUCAGUUAUCUGCCCUUUUAUAUCGUCCAGUUGUGGUUUUGUUUUGAUCAAAAUGCUUUCACCGAUCCGACGAUAUUUGUGUUCGUGGCGCUGCUAGUUCUGAGUAAUGGCGUCAGUAAACCGCUGAUUUAUCUGUGUUACAAUUCCAACUUCCGGCGUGGUUGUAAAGAAGUGUUCUGCAUGUCGACGAUGAACUGUUACCGUAGUAACCGAUACGCAAUUACCAAUGCUAGCUCUCUGGGAAAAAAGAACCACGUUGGUAUCAUGGAACCAAUCGGAAUCAGUGAAAUGACAACUGUACCACAAUCUCCGUCUCGUGCUUUCAAUCGAGCUCAACAGGUUGAGAAAAGUGUGUGGCCUCUUUCAGGGACGCCGAUAUCUAAUUAUAUGUAACUUUUGAUAUAUAAAGAUAUUUUACAUGUU